AUGUAGUUAUCCAAUCCCUGUUUUGUUUAUGACUACGUCACGGUUCCGUCCAAGCUGUCAAAAUCAAGAUGGCUGCUGGGGACAACAGUGGCAGGCCUCCUUGCCUAAAUUUCUCCGGAUUAGGACCUUUGGGGAAUAGUCAGCCCAGCAACAGCGCGUUUUCCAUGCCUACCUCCAAUAGUGGUCCCGCCGGUCCGGUUGGAGGGGCUCAGGGCACCGCAAGACGUUCCAACCCGCAGUCGGGGCCUGGUGGGGCUGAAAGCAACGGAGUUGCAGCAGGAAAUCAGCCGAAUACGCAGAACUCUGUUCAGCAAGCAUUAGCUCAUGGCGUCGCGGCACCCGGGAUAGGCGCUGGGGGGGCAGCCACCUCCGCGACGAACAUGAUCGCUACUGCUGCAUCGAAUGCUUCUCCCGCGGCCAUACCGACUACACACUCGUCACUUUCAGCAGCCCCAGCAGCAGCAGCGGCGGUUUUAGUCUAUCGCGAGCCAGUCUACAAUUGGCAAGCUACAAAAAGCACAGUGAAGGAGAGAUUUGCUUUCCUCUUCAAUAACGAGGUGCUUAGUGACGUUCAUUUUCUGGUGGGGAAGGGGAUGGGGGUGCAGCGAAUACCCGCACACAGGUUCGUUCUCGCUGUGGGCAGUGCAGUCUUCGAUGCAAUGUUUAAUGGAGGUAUGGCAACCACCUCAACGGAAAUAGAGCUUCCUGACGUCGAACCUGCAGCUUUCCUGGCGUUGCUUAAGUUCCUGUAUUCCGAUGAGGUCCAGAUAGGGCCUGAGACAGUGAUGACCACUCUGUACACAGCUAAGAAGUAUGCAGUGCCAGCCUUGGAGGCUCACUGUGUGGAGUUCCUUAAAAAGAACCUGCGAGCAGACAAUGCUUUCAUGCUGCUUACACAGGCUCGACUUUUCGAUGAACCUCAGCUUGCUAGCUUGUGCCUGGAGAACAUAGACAAGAACACAGGAGAUGCCCUUGCGGCCGAGGGCUUCACUGACAUCGACCUGGAUACGCUGGUGGCAGUGCUGGAGAGAGACACUCUGGGAGUGAGGGAGGUGCGUCUGUUUGGGGCCGCAGUACGCUGGGCAGAGGCAGAGGCCCACAGGCAGCAGCUGCAGCCGACUCCAGAGAACAAGCGCAGAGUCCUGGGCAAGGCCCUGGCUCUCAUUCGCUUCCCUCUCAUGACUAUUGAGGAGUUUGCUGCAGGCCCAGCGCAGUCGAGCAUCUUGACAGACCGAGAGGUGGUGAGUCUGUUCCUCCACUUCACGGUGAACCCCAAGCCCCGCGUGGAGUUCAUCGACCGGCCGCGCUGCUGCCUCCGCGGGAAAGAGUGCAGCAUCACUCGCUUUGGCCAGGUGGAGAGCCGCUGGGGGUACAGCGGGACCAGCGACCGCAUCAGGUUCUCAGUGAACAGAAGGAUAUUUGUGGUUGGGUUUGGGUUGUAUGGAUCCAUACAUGGACCCACAGACUACCAAGUCAACAUCCAGAUCAUCCACACAGACAGCAACACGGUCCUGGGGCAGAACGACACAGGCUUCAGCUGUGACGGCUCCGCCAACACCUUCAGAGUCAUGUUCAAGGAGCCGGUGGAAAUCCUACCUAACGUCAACUACACUGCCUGCGCUACGCUCAAGGGUCCAGACUCUCACUACGGGACGAAGGGCAUGAGGAAGGUGACCCACGAGUCGUCCGCCACCGGCACCAAGACCUGCUUCACGUUCUGCUACGCGGCGGGGAACAACAACGGCACCUCGGUGGAGGACGGACAGAUCCCAGAGGUCAUCUUCUACUCAUAAGUCACCUGACCCAAGCACCUCAGAGACAGCCGACAGGACUGCUGCAGCCUGACUGUUCUGCUCUCAAACACCACACACUGCUGUUCUCUAUUUAGUACACUGGUGUUCGUCUAGUGUCGACCUCAUUCGAAAACCAAGCUUUGGAGUUGUGCACGUCCUAGUGUCAUUUGGGAGACUUUCUCAACAUACUUCUGUGUCCCACCAACUGUAAGAGGGAGGGGAUUCACACAAAUCUGAUGAAGAGAAUGUAUGUGACCGAUCAAGGUGUAAAAGGAAUGGGGGAAGCUUAUCACUGUUUGUGAAAGUAUACGUGGACAUGUAUUUGACACCAGUUGAUAAUUCUGCUUUCCAGCUUUUAACAGCAUGAGAGGUGUGCAGUCCUGGAGACUGCUGCUUACGUGUGUACAUUUGAUCUUUCAGUCCUUUGAUCUGUAAACCAGUGCCGAUUUUUAUUAGAUUGCAUUUUGUCUGGUCACUACCACCCUUGACUGACCCAGUUAUGUUCAGAUUAACAUUUAGGAUUCACUAAUUAUCAUAGUUUGAACCAUUGACCUUUACUUCAAAUGUAGUAUUAGGAAAAGCCUUUUCCCCUCACAAUACAACAUUCUUAGGAUGGGUAAAUUACUGACAUUUAUUACCAUGUGUAGUUUGAAUUAAAUUAAUAAAUGCAAAA